UACCUAAUUUACAACUAUUAUAAUUUUAAAUGAUUUUGAGCCAGAGCUUGCAACCUUCCGCCUAUUUCGGCAGGCAACACUAAACUUCAUCUAUAUCUGGAAUGGUAAUUUCAUCAGUUCCUCUAUUAAUAUUUUCAUUUCCUCCUACAAUUUUGUCUUCUACUGGUGGAACAGGGUUUUUUGAAUUAUCAUUUUUUCCUAAUGCUCCACACCUGGGUAGUACUAAUGUUUCACUAAUAAUACAAAUAAAACACAACAAAUCACAUGAAGUUAUGAAUACUUUAAAAAUAUCAUUAACUUGACAAAGUCCUUUAGGUUGACAUCCAAUUCCAUAGGAUAAGACUAAAACUACCACUUCCCAUAGGUUCAGGAUUAAUUU